AGAGUCAUCAAGUCGGAUAGUUUCGGUUCUCUGUAUACAGAAUUCGUUCUUUUUAUCUUACACGUAUCACGUGAAAGUUAAAUACCUGUAUCCGAACGCCUAUAUCAAUUAGAUGACGGCGAUACGCCGUGUGUUAACAGGUCAUGGGGGCCUGUUUCGGCCGCUGCAUUUCCAAAGUUGCAGAUUCCCUCUCGUACAGAUUUUACCAAAGACACACCAAUAUGUCCUACCAAGGAGACGAACAAGUUGAGUUUAUAGAUGACAAGGGGGAUGUAGAUCAAUCUAGAGGAUCAAAAACCCUGUUAUCGUUUCUCUCCUUAAACCAGUUCAAGAAAAAACAAGGAGUUCCUGUAACGUUGGAGUUAUUAGAAGAUGAGGCAUGGGCAAAAGGUACUAAUAAAUAUUCCAGGUUGAACUCCAGGAAUAAUGCUUCUACAAGCUCUGGUCUGGAUACUCCACUCCAAAUUCUUGAUGCGAGAACAUUAAUAAAGCAUCAAACGUGCGUCUCUUCUACACCCGGUUCGUCGUUAGAUUUAGAAUGGGAACACGAAGGAAUGCCAUUGCCAAUUGCAGAUGACGAGAAAGUUGAAAGCACCGACGGUUCCAUAUCGCGAACGUCGGUUAAUAAUAGCCAGCCCUCUAGUUUAACAGCGUCCCCUUGGUCCAGAGUGUCCACGCCGAACAGUUUAGAAUGGGAUCCGGUCGAGGCGGACAUGGUAUGUGUCGAUUUAGAGACUGAACAGCUUCUGACCGAGAUCGAAAGAUUGACGGAUAGAGCAUUAAAAGAAACGGGUGAAUGGACUAACGAUAGCUGAUAAAUAGUAAGCUGUUCUCAAUUAAGGAUUAUUUGUAUUUUUGUAUUACUAAAGGGUACACAACGGAAUUAGUCUAUGUAAACGAUAUACUUUCUAGGAAAAAAGCAAAAGAUUCCAACGUUUAUAUUGUUUCUAAGAAAUGCCAAUGAUUCAAGAAAAUUUGAAUCUUUUAUAUUCUGUGCAUACUUUACACAUUCAUUUUUCAAAAGAGAAAGUAAGAUACUUUUCUUAUCUAACGAUACAUUCUCGAAUGCUUUUAUUAUGAUUUUAAUCGACUUCCAUCAGACAAUAACUUCCUUAAUUUCGAUUUUUAAUUUAAGUAGUUUUUGUAUUUUUACUUUUAAUUAUUUACUACUUUUAAUCUGGGGAUUCUUCUUAUUACUAACAUCGUUGAUCUCGUUCAUACCAUUCAUACGUUUUUAAAAUCGGUUGACGUAGAUAGGAUGAAUAAAAAGAAUUAAAAGCAGAAAUUAAUAUUGAGAUAUAUCAGGUGCUAUCAAUGCCAUAUUUUUGCGAGCGAAAUUACACAAACAGCUUUUUCCAAAGAAGAUUUCUUUCAAAGCUUAUAGAUAUAUCUUAAGAUUAGUAGUCAUAUUUUAUACAAGGACAUAAUAGUCUAAAUCUAAAUGAAUCUAGUCACGAUUCUGUGAAUCUCUGUAAAAUCUAAUAAGAGAAAAGGGUUGGUACUGAUGUAAUAUUAACAUUGAUCCAUAUUUGAGUGUACAAAAAAAAAUGAAGAAAAUUGUUUCUACUGACGUUGAAUUAUUGCGAGAUAGUAAGAUUAAUAAUUUUAUAUAGAUAAAUCAAGGAAUGAAUUUUAAACCGAUGUAGGCUGCCUUACAAUAGAUGAAGGAGAUAUAAAAUUUGUUAAUGGUGUUAAUUCGUUCGCCUUCGUUCGUGGAUAAUUUACAUAAAAAAUGAAUCAAAAUAUAUUCAGCAAUAGCACUAAUAAUAAUAACGUAAAUCGAUAAGAAAAUUAUUAAGCAGUAAUGAAGGACGGUAUAUUACUCAGUGCUGUGGUUAUUUAUGCAAUUCACUAAGAAUUCUCUCUUUCUCGUUAUGAUUUAUUGUAAAUCUCCGCGAUUUAUGUCCGAAUUUGUUAGAUAGAUAUAUGUGUUAAAAAAAGCGGUGAAGUUUACAGAGAUUUUAUAUCAAAUUGCAUGAGAGACGCACACAGAUAUUAGUUGAGCAAAAUGUAUAUGUGGCUUAGUAUCGAUACCUAAGUUAAUCUUAAAUACGAGAUGCGUCCAGUAUGCUAAGCAGAUGAAUACGCGUUGUUCAUGUAUGAAAAGGUGCUUAAAAUGUUGGAAAGAAAAUAAUUUUUGGCCCUCCGGGCGCGAAAUUCGGUUUCUCGUGCAUGUUUAGCGGGAGCAAAAUAGCAC